UUGGGCCCAUCGGUCGCCGACAUUUGAACCUGCCUGUCCCAACGUUGACCGGCCGCAGCCCGUGCUUGCAAAUAUUUUUGUGUUUGUUCUUUUUGGCAACGUGAGAUAAAAAUGUGCAAUGAAGUGCCAGCUAUGAGGUAGAAGAAGAACAACACUAACAACAGAGCAGAAACUACAGCAAAAGAACGGCUACAACAACAACAACAACAAUAACAAUAAUAGUUGUAGUAAGUAGUAGGAGCAGUGUAGUAUAAAAGAAAGAGUUCAGCGGUGCAGUUCAACAGCCUCCGGGGUAAAAUUUUCGGCUGUAGCUGCGCCGGUGUCGCUGUCACCGCCUCUGCAUCUGCAUCUGCCUCUGCCGCUAUCGCUGUCGCUGAAUUCGUCGCUGUCGUCGUCGCAGUUGUUGCAGUCGUCGUCGUUGUCGUCAUCGCCGCUGCCGUCGCAGUCGCAGUCGCUGCAGCCUCAGUCGCUAACAUUGCUGCCAUUACCGUUGCCAUUGCCGUUGCAAAGGCUCGUGUGUGCGCUCGACUCGUUCGCCUCGUUCUCAUCGUCUCGCUCCGCAAUUUCGACGCUUCGGGUGCGCAUCCUGGUCAAAGUUGCCGUUUGCCGUCGCCAUCAUACUAUACAUCCAGUUGUCGUCGCUGUGUGUGUGCAUUAGUGUGUGUAUGUGUCUCCCCACAUCUAUCUGCAGCAGCAACCGCAGCUCUGCAGCAGUAGGUGCAGCAGAAGCAGCAGCAGCAAAAAUUGUGUCAGCAGCAGCAGCAACAACAACAACAACAACAACUACUUCUGCAGCAGCCCGUCUGGCUCCUCAAUGUUUUGCUAUCUGCAGCGCUCUUGCCGGUCAGCCAAACGCAACGCCUGAACAGAACGACAGCAAUAAGAAGAAGAAUCACACAACGCCUAUUUGUUCGAAACAACUGCAUUCACGAGCCACCCACUGAGCCCGAUCAGAAGCCAGGGGCUAUAAAAUGCCACCACAUACCCAGCAAGAGCAUCCCCAGCAAUAGGAGCCGCAGCAGUGGUCAGGCGUCAUUUCAUGCCAAUCGCACACACAUUCACACACACUCGCAUAUAGAGAGUACACGCCUGUGCACAUAAACAGCCACAUCUGGCCCCAUCUGGUCAAAUUGAAGGGGGAAUAAGCCAACCGCAAAGUAAUUGCGUCAAGCGAAGCCCUCGUCGACAAACAGAAAUCAGAAAACGAAUCGCUUCCAGUAAAAGUAAAACCGCAAAACCAAUAUCCAACAUCCAAUAUCCAGUCCAAAAGCAACACGCUAGCACUUCCAAAAGCCGAAGCCCCCAAUCUAAGCCAAGUUAAGCUAAGAGAGAGCAAGUAGAAGCCACAUUUAGAAUUAAAGUCGCACAACACCCACCACGCUCUCACGCCCACAACCAAGCAAGCUAAGCAAAUCAAAUCGAAGCCAAGCCAAGCCCAGCCAAGCCAAGCAAAGCCAAGUCAAGCCAAGUGUUGCAACCAUCCCUGUAGAGUGUAUAGUGUAGAGUUGUAACUGCCAUCGCAAUGUUGUCGUUCCUGAAGCUUCUCACAUUAAUCGCUGCCUGCGCAAUAUUCCUGCUUUUUGCUUAUACCACCACAGCCUAUUCGCUCGCACAAGAUGCCGAACUGGCAUCCGGUAUGACCAUGAUUAAUGAGACGAGUAGUCUGGCCAACAUAAGCCACAGCCGCAGUGUACGCCAAGCACUGGGAGCAGGUGCCGACGACACGACCGAUGACACUGAUGACGUCGAUCCUAGAGACCCCAGAACAGAUGAUGAUCCUACUGAGUGCAGUCAGGGUCUAGUGCUGCCGCUAUGGAUGCCCCAAAAGAAUAUUACGUGGGGUGAUCGUGCUAUACGCGGCUUUGUCUAUUUCAUAUUAAUGAUAUAUCUGUUCGUUGGCGUCUCAAUUAUAUCUGACCGAUUCAUGGCUGCCAUUGAAGCGAUCACUUCUACCGAACGCACUGUCACCAUUAAGCAACCCAAUGGGGAGAAGCAAACGGUGCGGGUUCGCGUUUGGAAUGAAACGGUUGCUAAUUUAACACUUAUGGCUUUAGGCUCGAGUGCGCCGGAAAUAAUGCUCUCCGUCAUUGAAAUCUAUGCAAAAAAUUUCGAAAGCGGCGAUCUGGGGCCUGGCACAAUUGUCGGCUCGGCCGCUUACAAUCUAUUCGUGAUCAUUGCCCUCUGCAUGAUAGCCAUACCCACUGGGGAGUCACGUCGCAUUAAGCACUUACGUGUCUUCACCGUCACUGCCAUCUUUUCCGUAUUCGCUUACAUCUGGCUUUGGGCCAUUCUGGCUGUUAUCUCGCCUGGUGUGAUUGAGGUGUGGGAGGGAAUUGUAACAUUCCUGCUCUUUCCGGUCACCGUGAUUUGGGCGUACAUUGCCGAGAAGCGUCUGCUGGUCUAUAAGUAUCUGGAUAAGAAUUAUCGUGUGAAUAAGCGUGGCACUGUCAUCAGUGGAGAACGUGACGCUGUUGAAAUGGACACGGAAAAGGGCAGGCAUGGAUCAGUACCCAUGGACGCUGAUGCGGCGGCAUUCGAGGAGGCGCGGCGUGAAUACAUUCAGGUGCUGACAGAGCUGCGGCAGAAGUAUCCGGAAGCCGAUCUCGAACAGCUGGAGAUGAUGGCUCAGGAACAGAUUAUUUCGCGCGGCUCCAAGUCGCGUGCCUUCUAUCGUGUUCAGGCCACACGCAAAAUGAUUGGCAGCGGCAAUCUAAUGCGCAAGAUCCAGGAGCGCGCACACAGCGACCUAAACGAGGUGAAGGCGCAGCUGAACCGAGACGAUGAUAGCGACGACGAAGAUCAGCCCACACGUAUCUAUUUUGAGCCGGGCCACUAUACGGUCAUGGAGAACUGCGGCGAGUUUGAGGUGCGCGUCGUGCGUCGCGGUGACAUUUCGAAAUACUCGUCCGUGGAGUUCGAGACGCAAGAUGGCACCGCCACCGCUGGUGGUGAUUAUAUUGGGAGAAAAGGCGUCCUAACCUUUCCGCCUGGUGUGGAUGAGCAGCGCUUCAAGAUCGAGAUCAUUGACGAUGAUAUAUUUGAGGAGGAUGAAUGCUUCUACAUACGUCUAUUCAAUCCCUCCGAGAAUGUCACUUUAGUUGUGCCACAAGUAGCUACGGUGAUGAUCCUGGAUGAUGAUCAUGCGGGCAUUUUUGCGUUUUCUGACUCGGUACAGGAGAUAUCCGAAUCGGUGGGCAUCUAUGAGCUGCCGGUGAUGCGUUAUUCUGGCGCUCGAGGCACCGUCAUCGUGCCUUACUGGACCGAGGAUGACACGGCUAAAGCCGGCAAGGACUUUGAGCCAGUGCAAGGCGAGCUCACUUUCGAAGACAAUGCCACAGAGCAGUUCAUAUCUGUACCUAUCUUGGAGGAGAGCAGCUAUGAGAAGGAUGUUACCUUCAAGGUGCAUUUGGGCGAGCCGCGCUUGGCGCCAGAUGACACUAAUACGGAAUCAUUUAUCGAUCGAUUCUUUGAAAAUCACGCACACACCGGAGAUCAUACCCGGGACGAACUGUUAGCCCAAAUCCAAGAAGUGGAGAAGAAGAAAAUAGAGGACUUGGACGAAUUGGAACGCAUUUUGUUGCUGAGCAAGCCCAAAAAUGGUGAGCUAUCCACCGUACGCAUACGCAUUCGGGAGAGCAAGGAAUUCAGGGCUACCGUCGAUAAGCUUGUUGCCAAGGCCAAUGUAUCCGCCGUUCUCGGCACAUCAUCCUGGAAAGAACAGUUCAAGGAUGCGCUAACUGUCGUGCCGGCCGAUGAGAGUGAAUUCGAUAAUGAAGAUGAAACGGAGGAAGAAAUUCCCGGCUGUUUCGAUUAUAUCAGCCAUUUUGUUUGCCUCUUCUGGAAGGUACUCUUUGCAUUCGUGCCGCCAACAGAUUUGUGCGGCGGUUACAUAACUUUCUGCGUAUCGAUAAUUGUCAUUGGCCUCGUGACCGCCGUCAUUGGUGAUGCUGCCAGCUACUUUGGCUGCGCGCUCGGCAUCAAGGAUUCGGUCACAGCCAUUUGUUUUGUGGCACUCGGCACCAGCAUACCAGACACAUUUGCCAGCUUGAUAGCUGCCAAGCAGGACGAUACCGCUGACAACAGUAUUGGCAAUGUGACGGGCAGCAAUGCAGUCAAUGUGUAUCUGGGCAUUGGCUUGGCGUGGUCCAUUGCUUCCAUCUAUCACAUGUCGAAUGGCAAUACUUUCAACGUAGAGCCGGGCACAAUUGGUUUUGCCGUCGCGCUCUUCUGCGCAUUGGCCAUGAUAGCAUUUGGUAUAAUGAUGUACCGUCGCAACAGUAAAAAAAUUGGUGCAGAGCUAGGUGGACCCAAAUCAAAAUGGGUGCAUGGAAGCGUUUUAAUCUCCUUAUGGAUUCUUUAUCUCAUCAUCAGCACAUUGGAGGCCUAUCAUGUGUUCAAAAUUUAGGCGCCUUGUGCGAAACGCAUUAUAGAAUAAAUAUAGCAAAUACCAUAGCAAAUUCUUGCGCAGCCCUUUUUAAAUUUCAAACCAACAACAAAGUUAAAAAAAAAAAAACAAAAAUGAAACCGAAAACAUGAAAAAAACAUUUUGGAAAGCUACGAAGAUGCUGUAACAAAAUAUGAUAUACUUAAGCGGCAAUUUUAUAUACAUAUGUGUAUGUUAAUACAAUACAAGUAUAUUUAUUAUGUAAAAUUUAUGUUAAUAUAUACAUAUAAAAAAUGGUACUGUUUAAUUAGUUUUAGGUCCGGCUUAGUUCUAAAUAUAAACAUUAUACUUUUAGCUAAUGCGUAUUCUAAAUAAAAAUUGAAAAGAGAAAAACAAAAUAAAAUGCUCGAUGGUACUACAUACAUCGAGUUCUUCUUCGAUUCAGCAAAUCUUCAUUGUUAUGCCAUAAUUUACAAUGUGUUAUUGUUAAUACAUACAUAUAUGUUAAUAUAUAACUGCAUGUAUCAUCAUUCUCUCAUUGAUUUAAGUCAUUGUUGUUGUUUGUUAAUGCCAGUACUUAAUUCGAGAAAAACGAAAACGAAUUACAAAUGUUGUUACUAUUUAAUUACAUACAUACAUACGUUUACAAACUUGUCUCUCCAUUACAAGCAUAAACAGUCAUUGUUAAUUUAAUACAUGUGUAAGACUUAGUAAACGAUUUCUGAACCUAAACUGAAGCUACGUACUAUGUAACUAGAAUUAUGUAUGACUGUAGAGCCCUACCUAGUCAGCAAAAUUUUAAGAAAGUACCCAACCUAAACACAAAACUAUAUAGAAACUUCACAAUACAUACAUACUACAAAAUGAACUACAUUUAUCUUUAAGCGCCAAGAAUAACACUUGACCAAGAGAACGAACUGCUUGAGAAAACAAAACAAACAGCGGCACUUUAAAUACGACCACCAGUGUUUACAGUGCUGGCCCACUAAGAAACUACUACUCUACUACUCAAUUUUCUAUUGUUAUCCCCACUUAGAGCAAAUAGAACUGUAAAGCAAAAACGUAUAUUGAAACAAAGUAGUCAGGCGUGUUCGACUACGGCAUACCCUAUACCCAGUAAAACAAACUGUUUAUUUGAAAGCAACAUUUUUCAAUCAAAUUUCCAAUCAAAACAAUACUACUAGUAAUAAUGUACUCGAAUAACAAGUUUGAAAAUUAAUACAUAUGCCAUUGCAAAUAUGAAGUCCAGCGGCGAUAACGUCAUGAUCCUUUUCGAUUAUAGAUGCACCUGCAGUGCUUAUUAGUGUUUUCCGAGUCAUUAAUGAAGGAGGGCUCAGGAAUCCAUUUCGUCUGACUAUAUAUAGUACUCUAAGGGGUCUGCCACGUCUUUCUCUACAGAAACAUUUGCCGAUAUUUAAUACUAUAUCCAUUUUUGUUAUUUGAGCAUACAGGGUAUAAGUAGAGCAGCACCAAAAUAAAAUGUGUUUACAUGAGAAACGAGUAGAAAACGUAAAAUGAAAGUAAAGAGAGCAGAAAACUUUUAUAUGAUGUUAAAUUAUUUUUUAAUACAGCCACAAUGAGAGAUCGUAGCAAAAAGCAAAAAAUUAUUAAUAACAACAUAUAUUAACAUAUACAUAACAUAUUUUAAUAAAUUGUAAUUGGGGAUAAAUGCAUUGCACCUUUGCUGGGGAGAAAUGAUCGAAAAAUGCGCCAAAUUUAGAAAUAAUUCAAAAUUUGCUUACAACAUACGUAUGUAAAUACACAAACAAAGUAAGAGAACGUGCAUAGUAUGUAUGUGUAACAAAUAUUGUAAUAAUAAAUAGUUGAAAUUAUA